AUGCCAGAAUCUUCUAAUGCAAGAAAUCAACCCCCCCCACAAUCAAACAUCCCAAGAUCUUUCCUUUAUUCUGAUAAUGUCAUACAUGAAGGUCUAUCAGCUUGUAAUCACAGCAUUAUUGGAAAAAUCAUCACUGCAAAACCUAUACAUAUUAGUUCAAUCCAAAAUGGACUGGAAAGUAUAUGGGGAUCACCACCUGGCCUAAAAGUCCAAGAAUUAGGAGGAAAAAUUCUACAAUUCUUCAUGAAUGAACCUGCUGACAUUGACAGAAUUCUAUACGGAAACCCGUGGAUCUUUCGCAAUUCUUGGUUGGUGGUAAAACCAUGGGACCGGGAAACAGAUUAUCACGAAAUCGAUUUUGAUCAUAUUCCUGUUUGGAUUCAACUAUGGGGACUCCCAACUCACUGCAAAACCAAACAGAUGGGAGCAAGCAUUGGGGAGCUAAUAGGAAAAGUUGAGGCCUCUGAGUUCUAUGAAUACCCGGGAAAGAAAAUCAUAAUAAAAAUAAAAGUAGCCAUCAACAUUAACAACCCCAUCACUUCUGGAAUACACGUGGGAAACCCCACAGAUGGAACUUGCUGGGUUGACUACAGAUAUGAAAAACUCCCACAGGUAUGUUUCAAGUGUGGGAUGAUUGGACACGCUGAUAAACUCUGCAGAAAUCAGGCUCUAGUGCUGGAUACUCUAGCACCUCUAGGUCCAUGGAUAAGGUCCACACAGUAUGGAAAAAGGAAGAUGGAAGAAAAGGAUAGAAAAUACUACAGCAACCCUUCGCAUGCAAAAAACUUUGGCCAAUACAGCCCCCCAGUGCCAACAGACUUGCUUGAAAAACUAGCAGCCAUGAGGGUCAACACUGCCCAGGCAAACCAGACUCAACAGACUCAGAACCAUCCUACCAACCUCUCCCCCCAAUAUAAUGAGAAUUCUCCUAGGAAAGACAUGCACUCACAACAAGGGGAAAGGAAUAAAAAAUCUCACCAACUAAGCUACAACCAGGAAGCAACAAAAAAUUCCACGGGUGAUAUAAUCAUGACGGAACAAAGCCCAACAACCAAAAGACAAAAAAUGGAAGAAUUAUCAAGGGUAGGCACUGCUAGGCAGGCCAGCCCACAGCCAUGA